UGUAAACAUGGCGGAGGACUUACUGGGAUCGGUGGAGAGGCUCCAGGCAAGGAUCUCGGAGAAUCAAGAACCUCGCAAGCUGCUGAAGACUCUCAAAAGGCUGGGAGAGCUGCCCAUGACAGUGGACAUUCUGGUGGAGACCGGGGUUGGGAAGUCAGUAAAUUCAUUGCGUAAACAUGAGAUUGUAGGAGAGGCCGCGAAGGCCCUGGUGGCCAAGUGGAAGAAACUGGUCCCCCAGUCUGUUGACAGGCCCAGCGGUGGGAAGGAGGGGCGCACCCACACACGAGGGUCUGACGGGGGUCGCAAACGGGCCAGAGACCCCUCCCCGGAGGAGCGCUCCCAUAUAGAGGAGGAAGAGGAGGAUGAGGAGGAGAGAGAGUACCAGCCCGGUUACUCGCCGUCACCCCCGCACCAUCACUACAGCCCCCCUCACAGCCACACUGGGCAGAGGGCGUAUCACUCAGAGGAGUACGAGAGCCCCCCCAGAGAGGAGGAGCCAGCCCCCAGCCCUCCUCGCAAAAAGAACAAGCCCCCCAAACUACACAAGGACGUAGGGAGGGAGCAGAGCUCCCACGCCGACCGGGAACCUGAGCGGCAUCGUCGCCACGGCGACAGCGCCCAGGGAACCGGCGGCGGCAGUGAGGGGAAGAAGCGCAGGACUGAGAGGGAACAGCAGGAUGGCGCCACGCACAAGCCCUCCAAGCACCGUCACGCUGCUCCGCACGGCGGCAGGGAGGUCAAGACAGAGAAGAAAGGGGGAAACGAGGGCAGGUCUCGGGAGCAAAGGGAUACGUCAGACGCCCCCCGAAAGGGAGAGGAUGAGGAGGACGAGGCUUUUGAGGCACCCACCAUGUCCUUUGAAUCCUUCCUCACCUAUGACGCUCCCGCCCCGAGCAAGAAGAAGAAGAAGCCCCCUCGCCCCUCCCACUCCUCACAGCCCCCGGCUGCCACCACCACCACGCCUCCAGCCCCUUCCGCGCCCAGCAAGGCUAACGGGACCCAAAGCAAAAGGCCUGCCCGAGACCCGACUCCCCCCGUCUCCGAGAAGCGCAGGAAGGUGGUCGAUGUGGUGCCCACGCUUCCUGAUAUCCCCCUUCCAGCAAUCCAGCCUAACUACAGACCCCUACCCUCCAUCGACUUCACUCCUCUGUCCCCACAGAGACGUAAAGUUCCUGUGUCAUGUGAGGAGGAAGAUGCUGUCUUUACGGGGCGGCGGUUCAACUCUAAAAUGACAGUGUACUCAGGUUCUAAGACGGUCUACCUGCCCAAGAUGAUGACUCUCUAUGAGCAGUGCAUAAGGGUCCUGCAGAACAAUAUUGACUCGAUCGAUGAGGUUGGGGGGGUGCCAUAUGAGAUUUUGGAGCCAGUUCUGGAGAGGUGCACCCCAGAGCAGCUGUAUCGGAUCGAGCAGUGUAACCAGUGCUUCAUGGAAGACUCUGACGAGCUGUGGAUGCGACACUGCCAGCGGGACUUCAAACGGGAGUCCCCGCAGGAGUACGAGUCGUGGAGGGAGAUGUACCUGCGUCUGCAUGAGGAGAGGGAGGAGCGUUUGCGCAUGCUCACCCAGAACAUCAGCUCCGCCCAUGCCAACCGACCCAAAGGUCGGCAGGUGAAGAUGGCGUAUGUGAACUCCGUGGCGAAGCCCCCACGUGAUGUCCGCCGGCGGCAGGAAAAGUUUGGCACCACGAGCGGUGCCUCCAGCUCCAUGUCGAUGGCGGCUGCAGCCGCUGCUCCCGCUGGCGGUUCCUCGGUCCCGCGAAUCAGACCAGCCAUCUCCUACAGCUCCCAGCCCAGUGAUCCGGCCCCCUCAUCAAGGGCGACCCAGAGCAGUGCCGGGGGUCACAGUGCGAGAGACAAACCACAGGUCAAAAAGAUUGCCCCCAUGAUGGCCAAAACUAUCAAAGCUUUCAAGAACAGGUUCUCGAGACGAUAGAGGAAUGGCAUGAAUGGGAGAGGGGAGAAUGAGUGAGAGACUGUAGAAACAGAUGUCUUUUUUUUUUAAAUGAAAUGCACCGUGGGAACUGCAGACCCCUCCAAGAUGUCCCCCAUUUGCGAAAGUGUCUCCUGACUUUCCCCUUGGAUAAAUCACACACACAUACAUGUACACUCAGACACACACACAAAAACACACACAGCCUAAUUGCCCUGUGUGUUCAGUGUUUUGAUAAUUUGGACUUCUCUCUGCCCAGAGUUCACUACAGUGACAGCAAACAGGGAAUGUGAACGGGAGAUGAGAGUAGCACAAAAAGGGAGAGAAAGAUGAGUGUGUAUGUGUGAGAGAGAGAGAGACAGACCACCCUGCAGCUUUAUCCUACUGUAUUUAUUUCUGGGUCCCUCUGCUGACCUUUAAAUAGAAGCGGAUCAAAAUAGUAAUUUUAUUAGAUUUUAAUAAUAUUAUAUGGACAUUUUUAAUAAAAAUUGACUCGUU